AUGUCGCCGCUGCCACCAGCCCGGCCGACGGCGCUGCCGCGACUCAUCACCUACUACCAGACGCUCCACGACAGCCACGGCCAGUCCAUCUCCAUCCUGCCCCUCAUCACGCAGCCCGACAUUGCCGUGACGCACGUCAUCCUCGCGGCGCUGCACGUCAACGAGGACCCCGCGGCGCUCACGCUCAACGACCACGCGCCCGACGAUGCGCGCCACGCGACCGCCUGGGCCGAGCUGCGCGUCCUGCAGGCCGCCGGCGUGCGCGUGCUCGCGCUCCUCGGCGGCGCCGCCAAGGGCACCUACCAGCGGCUCGACGGCAGCCCGGACGACGACGCCGCGGAGCUCGCCCGGUUCGAGCGCUACUACGCGCCGCUGCGGGACCUCGUGCGCGCGCGCGCGCUCGACGGGCUCGACCUCGACGUCGAGGAGGACAUGAGCCUCGCCGGCAUCGUGCGCCUCAUCGACCGGCUGCGCGCCGACUUUGGCCCCGACUUCCUGCUCACGCUCGCGCCCGUCGCCGCCAGCCUGCUCGACCCGACCGCCAACCUGUCCGGCUUCGACUACGAGGCGCUCGAGGUCCUGCGCGGCCGCGACAUUGCCUGGUACAACGCCCAGUUCUACUGGGGCUGGGGCGACUUCUCCUCCACCGUCAUGUACGACAUGAUGCUGCGCCGCGGCUGGCCCGCCCACCGCCUCGUCGUCGGCCUCGUCACCAACCCGGACAACGGCACCGGCUUCGUCGCCUGGGACAGCCUGCAGCAGACGCUCGAGAUUAUCCGCCGCCGCCCCCACGACUUUGGUGGCAUCAUGGGCUGGGAGUACUUCAACAGCCUGCCCGGCGACCGCGACCGGCCCUGGGAGUGGGCUCGCACCAUGACGGCCAUGAUUCGCUCUCACUGCCUGCCGCCCGGGCCGCCCGCCGGCCUGCCAGAGCAGCCGGUGCAGAAGCAGCCUCUGGCCGCUCGGGCGGACCCGGAUGCGCCUGGGGGCAAGGAGCCAGAGGUGCCCGCGCCGUUUGACUACUAUACUGACGAUUCAGAUGAAUAA